AUGGAUCGCUACGUCUCCCUCCACGAGAACAUCAACGGUCCAGGCGACUCCAGGCCCACAGCAGAACAGAUCCUCAAAGAUGAAGAUCUCAUUGGAAAACUGACCGGCAAAACCAUCUUGAUCACUGGAGGAACGGCAGGGUUAGGAACAGAGUCAGCUCGAGUGCUCCGGCUCACGGGAGCUCACGUCUGGAUCACAGCUCGCAACAAGACCAAAGGCGAAGACAUCGCCAAGUCGAUCUCCAGCGAUGGGAAGCCAUAUCCAGCUGUCAAGGUUGUCGAGAUCGAUUUGUCGGCUCUGGACUCCGUGAGAAAAGGCGCGAAGGCGUUCCUUGAGGAAUGUCCGAAGUUGAACAUCCUUAUGACCAACGCCGGCGUAAUGGCCUGCCCCGAAUCCCGCUCCGCCCAAAACUUCGAACUCCAAUUCGCCACCAACCACCUCGCGCACUUCCUCCUCUUCCAACUCCUCAAACCCGCCCUCCUCUCCGCCUCUUCCCCCACCUUCCCCUCCCGCGUAAUCUCCCUCAGCUCCGCCGGCCACCGCGGCAGCUCGAUCCACCCUGACAACUACAACCUCGAAAACGGCGCCUACGCCCCCUUCGUCGCCUACGGCCAGUCCAAAACCGCCAACAUCCUCAUGGCGAACGAGAUCGAACGCCGCUAUGGCUCCCGCGGCUUGCAUGCGUGGAGCGUGCAUCCCGGCGUGAUUUUCGAGACGGGGAUUAGUCGGCAUCAAGAGGGCGAGGCGGAUGGGUUGCGGGAGCGGUUGACGGAGGUUGAUGAGGCGACGACGAAGGUUAUGAAGAAUACGGGGCAGGGCGCGGCGACGCAGGUGUGGGCUGCGGUGGGGAAGGCUUUGGAGGGGAAGGGUGGGUUGUAUCUCGAGGAUUGUCAGGUUAGUCGGAAGGGGAUUGAGAAGGCGGAGGGACGGCCGUCGUUUUAUGGGCAUGAGGAGUAUAUUUAUGAUGUGCAGCUGGCGGGGCGGUUGUGGAGGGAUUCUUGUGAGAUGGUGGGUGUGGAGGAUAAGGAUUGA